CCAGGGACGGGCCUCGGCGUCGCUCCCUGCGCGUGCCGUGGCUCUCCUGCCUCCGAUCCCGGCCGUCAGGCGGCCGCGGCCGUGGCGAGGAGUUGAAAAAAUAAAAGCGGCAGGAGCCCGCGAGCUCGCGGGGAGGGGCGCAGGAGCCGAGCCAGGCAGCGGCGCCCGCGGCCACUUGCGAGCGGCGCGGAGGGGCGGCCGCCGCUCGCCGGCUCCGGUGCUGCUUCCCCGCCGCCUCCCUGCUCCGCCUUUCUUUUCCUGUUCCUUUUUCUUUUUCGCCUGGAGGGGGUGGGGAGCGGGAGCCGAGAGUGAAAGCAAAAUCUUAAAAAGCACCGAGACAGCCAGCGAGCGCGCGCGGUGACCGAUGGCUUCGCUGUACCAGAGGUUCACCGGCAAGAUCAACACCUCGCGCUCCUUCCCGGCGCCCCCGGAGGCCAGCCACCUCCUGGGCGGCCAGGGGCCCGAGGAGGAUGGCGGCGCCGGGGCGAAGCCCCUCGGCCCGCAGGCGCAGGCGGCGGCGCCCCGAGAGCGCGGCGGCGGCGGCGCGGGCGGCCGGCCCCGGUUCCAGUACCAGGCGCGGAGCGACUGUGACGAGGAGGACGAGCUGGUGGGGAGUAACCCUCCACAGAGGAACUGGAAAGGGAUCGCCAUCGCUCUGCUGGUCAUUCUGGUCAUCUGCUCCCUGAUUGUCACCUCGGUCAUCCUGCUGACACCAGCGGAAGAUAACAGUCUGUCUCAGAAGAAGAAGGUCACCGUGGAAGAUCUCUUCAGUGAAGACUUCAGACUUCACGACCCCGAGGCCAAGUGGAUCAGCGAUAAAGAAUUCAUCUACAGAGAACGGGAAGGCACCGUAAUACUGCGGAACGUUGAAACAAAUGAUUCUACGGUGUUAAUAGAAGGCAAAAAAAUUGAAUCAUUAAGAGCCAUCAGAUAUGAAAUAUCUCCAGAUAAAAAAUACGCACUUUUUUCAUACAAUGUGGAACCUAUAUACCAACACUCCUACACUGGAUAUUACGUCCUGAGCAAACUUCCUCACGGAGAUCCUCAGAGUCUGGACCCACCGGAAGUGAGCAACGCAAAGCUUCAGUAUGCAGGAUGGGGCCCCAAAGGCCAGCAGCUGAUCUUUAUCUUUGAGAACAACAUCUACUACUGUGCACACGUGGGAAAGCAGGCCAUCCGCGUGGUCUCCACCGGGAAGGAGGGCGUGAUCUACAACGGCCUCAGCGACUGGCUGUACGAAGAGGAGAUUCUGAAGACCCACGUGGCGCACUGGUGGUCCCCAGAUGGCACGAGGCUGGCCUACGCCACCAUCAACGACUCCCGGGUGCCCCUCAUGGAGCUGCCCACCUACACGGGCUCCGUCUACCCCACGGUGAAGCCCUACCACUACCCCAAGGCCGGCAGUGAGAACCCCAGCAUCUCCCUGCACGUCAUCGGCUUGAACGGACCCACCCACGAACUGGAGAUGAUGCCGCCCGACGACCCUCGGAUGAGGGAGUACUACAUCACCAUGGUGAAGUGGGCGACCAGCACCAAGGUGGCCGUGACCUGGCUGAACCGCGCGCAGAACGUGUCCAUCCUGACCCUGUGUGACGCCACCACCGGGGUGUGCACAAAGAAACACGAGGAUGAAAGCGAAGCUUGGCUGCACAGACAGAAUGAAGAGCCAGUGUUCUCCAAGGACGGCCGCAAGUUUUUCUUCGUCAGAGCGAUCCCACAAGGGGGGCGAGGAAAGUUCCACCACAUCACGGUGUCAUCGUCCCAGCCCAACAGCAGCAAUGACAACAUCCAGUCCAUCACCUCCGGGGACUGGGACGUGACCAAGAUCCUGUCCUACGACGAGAAGCGGAACAAGAUCUACUUCCUGAGCACGGAGGACCUGCCGCGGAGACGACAGCUCUACAGCGCCAACACGGUGGGCAACUUCAACAGGCAGUGCCUGUCCUGCGACCUGGUUGAGAACUGCACCUACUUCAUCGCCUCCUUCAGCCACAGCUCCGACUUCUUCCUGCUCAAGUGCGAAGGUCCUGGAGUGCCCACCGUGACCGUGCACAACGCCACAGACAGGAAAAAACUCUUCGACCUGGAAACAAAUGAGCAUGUGCGGAAGGCCAUCAGCGACCGGCAGAUGCCUAAAGUCGAAUACAGGAAGAUCGAGGUCGACGAUUACAACUUGCCAAUGCAGAUCCUGAAGCCGGCCACCUUCACGGACACGGCCCACUACCCCUUGCUCCUGGUGGUGGACGGCACUCCCGGCAGCCAGAGCGUGUCGGAGAAGUUCGAGGUGAGCUGGGAGACGGUGAUGGUGAGCAGCCACGGGGCAGUGGUGGUCAGAUGCGACGGCCGGGGCAGCGGCUUCCAAGGAACCAAGCUGCUGCACGAAGUGAGGAGGCGGCUGGGCGCCCUGGAGGAGAAGGACCAGAUGGAGGCCGUGAGGACCAUGCUGAGGGAGCAGUACAUCGACAGAACGCGGGUGGCUGUGUUCGGGAAGGACUACGGUGGCUUCCUGAGCACUUACAUCCUGCCCGCCAAGGGGGAAAAUCAAGGCCAGAUUUUCACCUGCGGCUCUGCUCUGGCGCCGAUUACAGACUUCAAGCUGUACGCGUCUGCAUUUUCUGAGCGUUACCUGGGCCUCCAUGGACUGGACAACAGGGCAUAUGAGAUGACCAAGGUGGCCCACCGGGUGUCGGCGCUGGAGGAACAGCAGUUCCUGCUCAUCCACGCCACGGCGGACGAGAAGAUCCAUUUCCAGCACACCGCAGAACUCAUCACACAGCUGAUCAAGGGGAAGGCUAAUUACAGCUUGCAGAUAUACCCAGACGAGAGCCACUACUUCCACAGCCCCGCCCUCCAGCAGCACCUGCACAGGUCCCUGGUCAACUUCUUUGUGGAGUGCUUCAGGAUCCAGGACAAGCUCCCCGCUGCCGCGGCGAAAGAGGACGAGGAGGAGGACUGACCACCUGCCAGCCCUGAGCACGGACGAGGCUCUUCCUACCACAGUGUGCAACUGAGGAAUCCCCCUGCGCCCCUCGGCCCCCCAGGGGCAGGCUGGGCGGAGGGGUCGACGUUCCACAGCAUGCCUGCCUCUCGGUACCUUAGGCAGCUUGGCUUGGGAAACAAGCUCCCUCCCCAGUGGAGUUGAGUCCCCACGCAGCCUGGAACCCCCAGCUCGGCAGCAUCGCCUCCUCCUGGCCCCGCAGUGACUGUUGCAUCCCAUGGCCCUUCCCCCAAGGGACACAGUAAAGGACAGAUGGCAGCGAGGGCCACUUUGAGCCCACAGGAAACCGGCCCUUAAGUCCAAGCUUUCAGUCGUAGCAUUCAGACCUGCCCUCCGUGCUAGCGUGCUGUGGCUCCCAGCAGCAGUGCAUCUGUCUGACACGACCCUGCGGUGGGAACGGGGAUGGAGAGCCCGACAGCACCUUGUCUUGCUUUGUGUGUCCACACGGGUCAGCUCCUUUCCGUAACCAGGAGGCGGCAUGGCUCGGGACUGCACCAAGGAAACAGACCCUUUUCUGUACAAAGUAUUACUGUAGCUACGCUAAUGGUUGACCUUAUAGAAUUAAUUCAUAUUUUUCUAUGGUUUUCGCCUGACACUCCGUUGUCUGAGCUCGUGGGGUUGUUUUCUUGUGCUUUUCCUCCCUUCUCUGUUUCUUCCUGUCGCUUUGCUUUGCUUUCCAUUUGGCACUUAUUUGGAUGAAGACAUAGUUCAGAAGUGAACCUCUCUCCUCAGCGUGGUCUUCAGAAUCUGUGGAGGCAUUUUGGACCCCGACGGAAGAACCCACCCAGUAGUGUUCUCUAAAAGGAAACAUAGACUCCUCCCACUGCGCUGCGUUAGGAUGCAGCUGUAGAUCCACACUGUCCAGGCACACGGGUCCUUCAGCCUGUCCUCUCCCUCCCUGAUAAGUUGUCAAGUCUUUCCAGGUGACAUUUGGCUAAAAAUCAUACAAAGUGUAGAUCCCACCCCACAGGUCUGUUGAGCAAGCUGGGGUCAUGGUGGCCUGAAGGGCAGCCCCACCUCUGACCAGCAUGGCUCAUUCCCCUCCCUCGCAGGCAGUGAGCUCCAUGCUGUCCUCCGCCAGCUCGCAAGAUCCACGCUGGAUGGAUGUGCAGCCGCUGUUCCCAGUGUACAUUUCAUUUGUUGUAUAUAAAGAAAGGACUGCGUGUCCGGCAUUUGUGCAGACUCCCCCGCACAGCACUGACCUUGUGUUGAACUUGCAUGCAGACACCUCUUGGCUGUUCUGGACUCUCUAGAAGUGUUAGUUUGAAAUAUACCAAUUACCAUCAUUUCCUUUUGAGCUUGUCAACAACCUGAAUGUCAGUGCUGAUUUCCCAGUUUCCAGUUCUGCUGGGGUGUCCUAGACAUCCUGUCCACAGAGGAGAUGUGUCCAUGUUGCUUUUUGGUGUUUGGGGGUCUUGGUUCCAUCCACGCGAGCUUUGAAGGUCAGUUCUCGUCAGGUCCCUUGGAAGGUCUGCAUUGCGGGAGCUUUACCAAGUGCACAGAUGACCAAUGUGCUGACAAGCAGGACCAAUCUGAAGUUCCAAGAUGGUGCUGGGCUCUUUCAGCAGGUUUGACUGACUGCAGAGCCAAGGAGGUCCCAAGGGGAAGCCAGUUUGCCCACAGAUCUGGUCGUAGGGAGGGACGUGGGGAUGUGGCAUGGUAGCGUCUGUUAAUCCAUGGAAUAAAACAUUAUUUUACCACUUGGA